AUGGCGGAUCAGGGCGGUACUGACCAGGAGGAUUCGUAUAAGGGGAAUUCGCUGCCUGUCUUCCCAGAGGAGGAGCCAAAGCAACACCAAGUCGCAGUUUCACGGGCCGCUUCAAAGGGGAGAUAUGCAAGAUUUAAAGAGAAUUUGAAUGCCAAGCCACAGGAGACAAAGCAACAUCACCAUCAAGUUCACGUCUCAUGCGCCGCUUCAAAAGGGAGGAGUCGAGCUGGUUGGAUGUCCAUGGAGAGGAGCACUCCUGAAGGUAUCAACAUGGAGGAACAUGCUUCGAGGUUUCAGCCUUUGCCCCUACCCAGAUUUACGGGUGACUUUGAGCGGGCUACCGUCGGAAUUCCAGUUGUAAUGCGAAAGAGGAAGCCUCUGGAGGUGAGGAAUGCGCUCCGCGAAAGAAGAGUCGCGGCCAAACAAAAGGACGCGCGCUACCAUGCGGAGGUGGCCUUGCAUAAAUACAACAGAGCCAACAACACCAAGUUUGAGCUGGUGGAGGUAAAAGUGAUAUCUAUAUUUUAUGAGUUUGGAGGGGCCGGCGCCCAUUAUAACUUCACAGCUAAGCAGCCUGAGGAGCAACAUUCUGCUGAUGCCGACAGUACCAAGCUAUUCUUCUCUGAAGUCCACCUGAAUUUUCGGAGUGAGAAUGACGUGAUUAUUUGCUGUAUAGUUGGGGAAAAUGACGCAGGGCGUUGCUAUGGCUGUGAAAACUACCAGCCUGUUGUUCACCCAAGCAGCCAAGCAUAUGGCGGUGGUAGUAGUACUUGUAUUGACUAUCCUGGUUCGGACGGCGAUAGCGACAGCGACUAG